UUACCAUCGUCGCGAUCAAUGUAUAUAAGACAAAUUGGGGGACACGUCUGGCAAUAGUCUUUUUACUUGGAAAGAUCGGAGCUCUCCUACUUCUUGUUGCGAUCGGGAACUACUUGAACUUUCUUACGGAGGAGAUACGUGAACCAGCAAAAAAUCUUCCACGAGCUAUCAUUAUUUCCCUGCUAACUGUAACUGUGAUUUAUCUCUUGGUCAAUGUCGCGUAUCUCGCUGUUCUUUCUCCUUUUGAGAUGCUUUCUUCCACCGCGGUUGCUCUGGAAUUCAUAUGA